UGUCAUUUGUGCUGUCAGCACAGCUGAUCCGCGCUCAGUUCUCGUCAUUUCAGCAGAUUCGUCUUCCUCUUUCUCAUCACUCUCUUACUUCUUCUUAUUGUCAUUCGUUGCAUUCGUUGCAUUCGUUGCAUUCGUUGCAUUCAUCUCACUCUCAAGUGCGUGUACCUGUUGCCUCUCCUGUCUUCCGUACUUUCACCCUUUCGGCUGUACACAAUCCACCGCUCUCUGCCACUUGUCCGCAUUUGUUUCUUAUUAAUAAGCAGUCGCUACAUCAUCCACUUCAUCAUCAUUAUCGCCUUUCUUUUGCUCCUUCUUCUUCUUCUUCUUCUUCUUCUUUACUUUCUUCUAUCUCUUCCCCUCAAAUCCAUCACUCUACUUCAAGCGAUUGCUCGGCCCCUUUAUUAUUCAUCAGAUACUAUUCUUCAAAAGGACCUGUCAAUCGAUUCAUCAUGUCUAAUCAAUCUUCCCACGAUGUCUUUGAAGCUGCAGCCUCGGGUGAUUUGGAGAUGAUCAAGGGUCUAGGGCGGAUCCAUCUCGAAGCCAAGAAUGACCGUGGUUGGACUCCAGUAGCUAUCGUUUCCGUCCUUCAUCUUUCCUCCUUCUUCCUUUCUCCCUCUUUCCUCUUUCCUCUUUCAUCCUUCCUCCUUCAUUCUUCUUUCUCCUUCUAUUGACAAAGCUUUUGCCUUUGCCUUUGCCUUUGCCUUUGCGUUUUUCUUUCUAAUCAAUUGGGUCCUCCAUCAUUUACAAUUACUUGUUUCUGCUACUUUUGAAUAAACUUUGGAUCAAC